CCCCGUCCGUCAUCAAGAUCGGUUCCGCCAAGCCCGCCGAGGCCGCCAAGCCGGCUGAGGCCUGCAAGGCUGCGGAUGCCGCCAAGCCCGCGAAGGCCGAGCCGACCAUCCACCUGAGCAAGGAGGAUCUGGAGGAUGUCAACCCCGAUGAUGUUCUUCCCCCCACCAAGGAUCAGGUGUGCAUUGUCUUCGUUGGCCACGUCGACGCUGGCAAGUCCACCAUGUGUGCCCAUCUGCUCCUUGAGAUGGAUCAGAUUGACAAGCGCGCCUGGGAGAAGCACCGCGCCGAGGUCUCCGAGAAGGGCAAGGAUGCCUGGCUCUUCGCCCUGGCUCUCGACACCAACCCCGAGGAGCGCGACAAGGGCAAGACCAUCGACGUCGGGCGCAGCUCCUUCGAGACCGAGAAGAAGCGCUACAUCGUGCUGGAUGCCCCGGGCCACAAGGCCUACGUCUCCAACAUGAUUGGUGGUGCCUCGCAGGCUGACGUGGCCAUCCUGGUCAUUUCGGCCCGUCGUGGUGAGUUUGAGGCCGGGUUCGACAAGGCCGGGCAGACUCGCGAGCACAUCCUCCUGUGCAAGUCCACCGGUGUCAAGAAGCUCAUCGUUGCCAUCAACAAGAUGGACGACGAGACCGUCAACUGGAGCAUCGAGCGUUACAACGAGAUUGGCAAGAAGAUCACCCCCUUCCUUCGCUCUGUCGGCUUUUCCUCUGCCGACGUCACCUUCAUCCCGACCGCCGGCUUCCUCGGCUUCGGCCUGAAGAACCCGAUCCCCGGUGGCCCCGGCUCUGGCGAGUCGCACCCGUGGACCGGCGAUCGUGAAACCCUCCUCGGUGUUCUGGAUGGCUUCGAGUCCUUCAAGCGCCCGGUCCACCAGCCGCUGCGUAUCAUUCUGAACGAGAAGUUCCGCGAUAUGGGUAUGGUUGUGUCCGGCCGUGUGGAGGGUGGCUUCGUCCGCAUGAACCAGAAGGUCCUGAUCAUGCCGAGCCGUCAUGUUGCUGAGGUUUCCGGCAUCAGCAUCGAGGAGGAGGAGACCGAGUUCGCCAAGGCCGGUGACAAUGUCCGCCUGCGUCUUCGUGGUGCUGAGGAGGAGGACAUCUACCAGGGCUCGGUCAUCUGCCACCCCCGGUACCCUGUUCGUUCUGCCAAGCAGUUCGCCGCGCAGCUUGUCAUCCUGGACGCCAAGCACAUCAUCAGUGCCGGCUACCAGGCCGUCAUCCAUCUGCACUCGAUUGUCGAGGAGAUCACCAUCUCCGCUCUCCUCUACCACAUCGACCGGAAGACCGGCAAGCGUCUCAAGCAGCCGCCCCAGUACCUGAAGAAUGGCGAUAUUGCCAUUGUUCGCAUUGACUGCUCCUCCCCCAUCUGUAUGGAGACUUACGAGGAGUACCCCAACCUGGGUCGCUUCACCAUCCGUGAUGAGACCAAGACCGUGGCCAUGGGCAAGAUCCUCAAGCUCAACACUGCCGCCGGCACGGUCUCCUCGACGGACGACAACUAAGCAGGCUCCGCCCCUUGGUGACCAGCCGCUGCUGGGUCCCCUUUCCCUUCGCGCAUCGAGAGUGCCAUUUCCCGGGUGGAAGGGGGACGCACAUGUGCGCGCGUGUAUGCGCCCGGUCACCAGGGGGUGGGCAGUAGUCCUCUUCUCUCGCCUCCCACCCACGCCCUUGAUGUCCUUCUUCCCCGUUCCCCUCCCUUCCCACCCCCACCCGCCCGUACACCCUGCCCCUCCCUCUCUCGUGCCAGCUUGAUACGCAAGAUGUUCCGCGUGCAUAUGUUCCCGAGUGUGGCGUCUUCGGUCCAUUUCCGCCUCCACCACCAGAGAGCCCCCCCCCCCCGUGCCAUGCAUGGUGUGUUUGUGUGGACCUGGCAAGAAGCAGGGGAGGAGAGGGUGUAAGUGUGGGGAGGGUGGGGGCCAUUUUUAUGGUGGCUGGCCACAUGCCAGCCAGCAUCGUGAGCCGCAUUUAGAUGUGUCGUCCCCAGCAUUACACAACCAAGACAGGCGGGGCAUGUGUCCACCUUCCCCUUGUUGUGGCGCCCCAUGUUUCUGCGCGCUUCGCUGCCCUCUCUUUUCCCCAACGCACGAAUACAGUCCUAAAAAAUAAUGCUC